GAGCCCUCCGGAGUGACACUGCCACCCUCGCCUCACAGCACCUGCCCCCAGGCAAAUUCUCGACCAUUAUUUAAUUCCUCGUUGGCUAAUCUCCUGAAGUUAGCUCCUUCUGAGGCCUUGUCGCCAGUCCUCGCUGGAAUUCCUUGGCGCCUUCUCGUGGCCGCCGCCGAAAGACGUAUUAAACUUUUGCAUUCUUCCCGAGGGACCAACGAGUGCUUGGACCCUCUCCGCGAGUGGACAUGUAGCAGCUGCUGGACAUGGCCCGGCCUUUCUUACCUUGAGGGACAUAUAUAUAUCGGUCUGGACAUCUAGAGGGUUUAACAACCACACAAGGACCAUACAUAGAACCGCCGGGGCGUCUGUGUGUGUGUGUCAAAUUUGAGACCGUUAUAUGGGUAUGUUGUGACGGAGGUGCUGAGGCCGUGUAAUGACGCGCUCGACCUGACAAAGAACCUCCGCGUGUUCUUGAUCCCGAGGACGAGUACAGUCGCUGAGGCUCGGGGUAUUCAUCAGGUGCGAGGGCCCGGAAAGCGAUUGGCAAAGCGCGGGUAAACAGCGUGAGAGCCGGAGAUCGAUAAGGCUGGUAUUGUUGAAGAGCGAGUGGUGGUCACAGACGAUUCGUAGGUAGUCUCUGCCGCUCCUAUCGACCCAAACACUCGCUACCAGGUUUCCUCAACCACCUGUGGACGCUGCUCCCACCUGUACCAAGUGCCAGAUGGUUUACUUGUGAGGCUUUGAAGGCCAGGGAAAUAGGGAGGUGCAGCCAGCUUGGCGCGGUACUGGCUGGAAGGUCUGCAGCUAGAUGGAGCAGCACAGUCGUGUGCGCCCCGACAGCUGCAAGUGGUGACGAGCAGGACUCGCUCAACAGCUAGCGUGUAGCGCCGGUUAUCCCAGAAGAGGCUUCGAACAAGUCUCUCGGUAGACACUGAACCGAACUCAAGUGAUCCGGGUGUUCACGUCUAAUAAGUAUCGAAAUCCUUUCGUGCAAACAGAAGCAGCCGAAUGCCACCCGAGUCGCCCUGAGCCUGCUUGCCGGACUAGUUUAUGGCCACGCCAUGGCUCUUAAAUGGAAUCUUGAACGCAAUGAUGACUUGGCACUCACGGCCAGGUGGUCAUUCAGACACCAUCUGACGCCACCUGUCACCCGUCAGCUGACCGCAACUUGCGUCUUGUGAAGUGGAGAGGCUGAGGAUGCGAGGACAGUGUAGAGCAGCCGUAGCAGUAGGCUUGGCUCCCCCUGACUGGACGGUCUUGCAGUGGUGGGCCUCAAGGUGAAGUCCGGUGUCUGCUAGACGCUAUGGUAACCUGAGAUGCUGUUCGUGGUGUUAUUUGAGAAACCUCCGUUGGUUUGGUUCCUUGAUAGAUGGCUGGUUCGCUCUGACGUCAGAUGAUCCAGAGAAAUCAACUAUUUAGCGGAUUAUUAGUUAGCGUCUUUUGGACAGCUUUUAGAUGCUUCUCUGGUUAUCUAACGAGACAUACUGAGAUAAUUUAUGCGAGUGACGCUGUGUCGUUUAGUGUCUUCGUUUCAUCAAGUUUUGAACGAUAAGCCACACUAGUGAUCGGGUGGAAAACAGACAGUUCAACAAUAAACAUUUCCCCGACACGUGUACUGAACACGACAAUGAAACCCCACGCUAGAACACCCCACCAGAGGUCAUACUCGGACGACCUGACCUCGGUGACGACGCCCACCUCGCCUGCCCCACUCUCGCCGCCCUUCUCCCCCUCCCCCCAGCCCACCUCGCCCACCACACCAACGGAACUCCCUGACAAAGGUGGAGAGGUCGGGGCGUCGCUGGGGUCAGCAUCAGGGGGAGGAGAGAAGCCCUUGUCGUCGGCGUGGCAGGCAGCACUGAGCGGGGCCACCUCCAUGUCGCAGGGCCAGGUACCCAACAACGCUACGGACGCUCCCACGCACGAGCGGAAGCGGCCGCCUCCCCGCCGGCCCGUGGGCAAGCCUCCAGAGAACCGGCCAGCCCGCGCCCUCUUCUGCCUGGGCCUCAAGAACCCGCUGAGGAAGGUCUGCAUAGACGUCGUAGAAUGGAAACCGUUCGAAUGGUUCAUCUUGUUUACCAUCUUCGCCAACUGUGUGGCGUUGGCUGUCUACACACCCUACCCAAACUCAGACUCCAACGCCACAAAUGCACAAUUAGAACAAAUUGAGAUCAUCUUCAUGGUGAUCUUCACUCUUGAGUGCUUUAUGAAGAUCAUAGCAUACGGGUUUGUCCUCCAUCCAGGAGCUUAUAUAAGAAGUGUAUGGAACACUUUAGAUUUCCUCAUUGUUGUCAUAGGAUUGGUGAGUGGGGCAUUGGACUUCCUGAUGCAGGGAGAAGGAGGGGAGGCAGGGUUUGAUGUGAAGGCAUUAAGAGCCUUCAGAGUCCUGCGUCCCCUCAGACUUGUCUCCGGUGUCCCAAGUCUCCAGGUGGUGUUAAACUCUAUUCUGAAGGCUAUGGUCCCACUGCUCAACAUUGCUCUCCUUGUUAUGUUUGUCAUCAUCAUCUACGCCAUCAUCGGUCUGGAGCUUUUCUCCGGUGCACUUCAUUUCACAUGCUAUAAUAAUGAAACAGGGAAUCGAAUGGAGUCACCACAUCCGUGUGACAAUGGUACGGCAGGUUUUAACUGCUCAGAACUCAAUAAAGAAGGUCAAUAUUGGGUAUGCCGAGAUGGCUGGGAAGGGCCCAAUUAUGGCAUUACGAACUUUGAUAAUUUUGGCCUCGCAAUGUUAACAGUUUUCCAGUGCAUCACAAUGGAAGGCUGGACAGAUAUGAUGUAUUAUAUUGCAGAUGCCAUGGGCAACAGUUGGCAGUGGAUCUUCUUUGUUUCUAUGAUUAUUCUGGGUGCCUUCUUCGUCAUGAAUCUGAUUCUUGGUGUCCUUAGUGGAGAAUUCUCAAAGGAAAGAGAGAAAGCUAAAGCCCGUGGAGACUUCAGAAAGCUCAGAGAAAAGCAACAGAUUGAGGAAGAUCUUCGGGGGUAUCUUGAGUGGAUUACCCAUGCUGAAGACCUUGACCUCGAGGAAAAGGAUGAUAAAAAGGAGUCUGACGACGGGCGCCGUUUAGUACUGCCGGGAACGAGCAACCGUGGAGCCAUGUCGGUGGCCUCCCCAACUUCCCUUCUGCUCUUCUUGCCCCUCUUCUCUAUGCGUAACUCUAAAGCUGUAGAGGUUGAUGCUGAUAAAGGUGAUGACAACGAUGAUGCGCAGCAGCCGUCAUGGUGGCAGAGAAAGAAAAAAGGAUUUGACCGAAUUAAUCGGAGAGCGAGGCGGGCGUGUCGCAAGGCGGUUAAAUCUCAAGCUUUUUACUGGCUCAUCAUUGUCCUUGUCUUCCUAAACACCGCAGUCUUAGCGAGUGAGCACUACCGUCAACCUGACUGGCUCAGUCAGUUCCAGGGUCAGUUUACAUUGCUCACAUUUGAGUAUGACUACCCAUGUUUCUUUUACUUUCAGGGCUACUUUGUAUCAUUGUUCAACCGUUUUGAUUGCUUUGUGGUUAUCAGUAGUAUCACUGAGGUGGUACUUACCUCUACCGAAAUAAUGCCGCCCCUUGGAGUCUCUGUGCUCCGUUGUGUCAGGCUCCUCAGAGUCUUCAAAGUUACAAAAUACUGGCGGUCGCUCUCCAACCUGGUUGCUUCCCUCCUCAACUCCAUCCAGUCGAUCGCCUCUUUGCUGCUCCUGCUCUUCCUCUUUAUCAUUAUCUUUGCUCUUCUGGGCAUGCAAGUCUUCGGUGGCCGCUUUAAUUUUAAUCCAACUGAAGAUAAACCACGGCAUAACUUUGACAACUUCGUUCAGGCCAUGUUGACAGUGUUCCAGAUCUUGACGGGUGAGGACUGGAAUGUUGUGAUGUAUGAUGGAAUUCGUGCCUAUGGUGGAGUAGCAACUCCUGGCAUCAUUGCCUGUGUCUACUUCAUCAUUCUUUUUAUCUGUGGUAACUACAUCUUGCUCAAUGUCUUCUUGGCCAUUGCUGUGGAUAACCUGGCUGAUGCAGAUGCAUUAGGUGAUGCUGAGGAAGAGGAAGGCAAAGAAGGGGAAGAGGGGCAAGGGGAUGGAGGUGAAGGAGAGAGAGAAAAAAUUAAAUUGGAAGGGGAUGAUGGCUUAGAAGCAGAGGAAAAGACUGCACUGAAUCAUAUAGCUUUAAGAGAUGGAGAGACAGCAAGUCACACCAAAAUACAUCUAGGGAUGGAUGAUCGUGAUGAUGGACAAAACUAUGAUGAUGAUUAUGGUGAUGAUGACCUUGGUGAAGAAGAAGAGGAUGAUGGAGAUGGAGAGGAGCGCCCACAAGGAAUGCGGCCACGCCGUGCCUCGCAACUUAGUACUGCCACCAAAGUCAAGCCUUUGCCCCCGUACUCCAGCUUUUUUAUUUUCUCCCACACAAACAGGUUCCGUGUUUUCUGCCAUGCUGUGUGCAACCACAGUCUCUUCAGUAAUGUUAUUCUUGUCUGCAUUCUCAUCUCAUCUGGCAUGUUGGCUGCUGAGGAUCCUCUUCGCUCUGAUUCUCAACGCAAUACCAUCUUAAACUACUUCGACAUCUUCUUCACAUCAGUGUUUACAGUUGAAAUCUUCCUGAAAGUUGUGUCAUAUGGCUUCAUCCUACAUAAAGGCGCCUUUCUUCGUUCUGCUUUCAACGGCUUAGAUCUAUUGGUUGUGGCCGUCUCUCUCAUCUCAUUUUCUUUCAACCGCGACCUCACCACCAGGGAUGGAGCAAUUUCGGUGGUGAAGAUUCUCCGUGUGCUUCGUGUCCUCAGGCCUCUCCGUGCGAUCAACAGAGCAAAGGGUCUCAAGCAUGUAGUUCAAUGUGUCAUAGUUGCUAUCAAGACCAUCGGCAACAUCAUGCUGGUUACCUGUCUUCUGGAGUUUAUGUUUGCAGUAAUUGGAGUUCAGUUGUUCAAGGGCAAGUUCUUCCGCUGUAACGACAGGUCCAAAAUCUUGGAGUCAGAUUGUAGGGGUCAAUUUAUAGUCUACCAUGAUGGAGAUAUUACCAAGCCUAUGGUGGAGAAGAGAGUUUGGGAGAAAAAUGCCUUUCACUUCGACAAUGUAGCCAAAGCUAUGUUGACACUCUUCACUGUGUCUACAUUUGAGGGUUGGCCUGGGUUGUUAUACGUGUCUAUUGACUCCAACACUGAAGAUGUUGGUCCAGUGCACAACUACCGCCCAAUGGUAGCCGUCUACUACAUCAUUUACAUCAUCAUCAUUGCCUUCUUCAUGGUUAACAUCUUCGUUGGUUUUGUUAUCGUCACAUUCCAGAGCGAGGGUGAACAAGAGUACAAGAAUUGUUGCCUGGAUAAAAAUCAGUAUUACUUUGGCGAUGCCUGGAAUGUGUUUGAUUUCGUCAUUGUCCUUGGCAGCUUCAUUGAUAUCGUCUAUUCAGAAGUCAAUAAACUAGUGAGCAAUCAGGCGCAGGCGGCAGCAGAGAAUAUGGGCGCCGAGUACUACAGGACCAGAAAGCAAGAGAACCCACCGGAUUGGCCGGGCUCUAACCUCUUCUCCAUCAACUUCUUCCGCUUGUUCCGUGUGAUGCGUUUGGUGAAGCUUCUCUCCAAAGGUGAAGGUAUCCGGACACUACUAUGGACGUUCAUCAAGAGUUUCCAGGCUCUGCCUUACGUUGCUCUUCUCAUCCUCCUCCUCUUCUUCAUCUACGGCGUCGUUGGCAUGCAGGUUUUUGGCAAGAUUGCAUUUGACUACACAACACAGAUUCAUCGCCAUAACAAUUUUCAAACCUUCUUCCAAGCAGUAAUGGUUCUCUUUAGAUCAGCAACAGGUGAGGCAUGGCAAGAAAUCAUGUUGUCAUGUUUACCACCGGAUGCUGGCUGUGAUCCACAGUCUGAAGACUACCCAAACGCUCGCACCUGUGGCUCAAUGGUUGCAUAUCCUUACUUCAUAUCCUUCUACACUCUUUGUUCAUUCUUGAUUAUCAACUUGUUUGUUGCUGUUAUCAUGGACAACUUUGACUACUUAACACGGGACUGGUCUAUCCUUGGUCCACAUCACCUGGAUGAGUUCAUCACACUGUGGUCAGAAUAUGACCCUGAUGCUAAGGGCAGAAUUAAACAUUUAGAUGUGGUUACUCUUCUCCGAAAAAUAUCUCCUCCACUGGGAUUUGGAAAAUUGUGCCCAUAUCGCGUAGCUUGUAAGCGUUUAGUGGCUAUGAAUAUGCCUCUAAAUACUGAUGGAACAGUGAUGUUCAAUGCAACACUUUUUGCCUUAGUUAGAACAUCCUUGAGAAUAAAAACUGAGGGCAACAUUGAUGAUGCCAAUGAAGAGUUGAGGGCAGUCAUUAAGAAGAUUUGGAAGCGUACAAAUCCUAAACUUCUAGAUCAAGUUGUUCCACCAGUUGGAGUUGAAGAUGAUGUCACUGUGGGCAAGUUUUAUGCAACUUUUCUAAUUCAAGAUUACUUCAGAAGAUUUAAAAAGAAGAAGCAAGAAAUUAAAGAACAAAUUGAUAAGGACUCUGCCAAUACAGUCACUCUGCAGGCUGGUUUGAGAACAUUGCAUGAAGCAGGACCUGAGCUGAAGCGCGCCAUCUCAGGCAAUCUGGAUGAAAUGCGUGAUGAUGAUAUUCCCACACAUAGGCGUAACCACUCCUUGUUCGGCUCGGUCUGGUCAUCUAUGAGAGUCAAAGGCCUACAGCGAACUCGAUCCCUCCGCGUCAGCUCUGGACAACAUGCUAAAAUGGGUAAUAUCUUGCAUCCUGUUAUUCUCAAGGUCAACAACCAGAUUAUGAAUAUGAUAUCUCCUACAAACUCUCUAUCCUACUCUCCUGCACAUUCAAAUGAAAAGACUGCACUUAAUCACACAGCACAUCGGCCUCCUACCCCUCUUGAAAGCUCUCAAUCCCUGGGUGAGGACGAUGAAGGGAUCCCAAUGCGUCCACUUAGAAUAAUGAACGGAGAUCCUGAAAGAAGAUCUAAUCUAGUAAUAAAAGACCUGAGUGAUGAGGAGUUGAGUGACGGGCCGCAGCCCCCCACGCCACCCCCCCGCCGCACCUCCACUCACUCCUGGGGACUAGGAUGCAUUGGUCGCCAGGACGCUCAGUCUCGUAGCUUCAGCAACAUCGCCGAUGGGCUGCGACUAGCUCAUGCUCAAGCCUUGGCUGUGGCAGGCAUCGUGCAUCAGUCAUCUACUGGUUCAGCACCAUUCAGACGGGGUCUGCGUGCCUCGUUCCACGGCCGAGCGACCUCUCUCAGUGAGAGUAAUGGAAGCCUUCCAGGGGACCGCCACUCCCAAAGUGUUCCCAGCAGUCCCAGAAGUGUGUCCAGACCUUAUUCUGAGGUUGUGGGCUCCGCCGAGAGUUUGGUCGGCAGGGUGUUGGCUGAUCAGGGUUUGGGGAAAUACUGUGAUCCUGAAUUUGUACGUACAACUUCAAGGGAAAUUGCAGAGGCCUUGGAAAUGACCACAGAGGAAAUGGACCGAGCUGCUCACAAUAUUCUCUCUGCUUCCCAACAAGAACUAGCCCCAGAAGAUGCCUCUCCUGAGUCACGGGGCCCAUCCAGACAAAAACCAGAUUCAUCAUAUUAUGAUCACCAAUCACCCUUAUAGAAAUACGUAAAUUAGAGACCUUCUAAAUCUGUUAUAUGGUGGAUCAUUGAUGUGUCCAUUUAACCUCUUCCAACCUCAUGAUUCCUCAUGUGUCAUUGGAGGCUUUGUGAAGAAGCCUUCUUAAGAUGCUCGUACAAGGGUUAUAAGUGCUCUGGAAAGAGAACCUCUCUUUGGUCCUAUGGUCCUGCCCCUCAAGCUGCCUCUGCUCUGUGGAUAUUCUUCUGUGGGAGACAGAGGGAUAACAAAAAUAAGGUUUUCUAGGGCAUCUGUUGAAGGUGAAAGGACAGGAUGAGGUAGUGCUAUUCUCCCAAACUUGUGAAUAAUUUUAUACUUGUGAGUAUAGUCACAUUCUCAUCUUGGAAGGGAAUCACAAGAGUUUGAGCCCUACACUAUUCCUAUAAUGCUGAUGAAACUGCAUCAGGAAGUAUGGCAUAGCCUAUUUUUCACAUACAGCUGUUCAUAUAGUAGGGUGAACGAGUCAUAUUUGUUAGGAUCUCGUUGUUUGGUUUGUGUACAAGCAAUUGUUGGUUCACCCAGGGUGGUGAAGUACCCACAGAAGGUUUAAUCCCUUGUGUGUGGGUUCUCCUUAACAAAGAGAUUAAGAUAUGUGAAAUGAUUAGCAGAGUCUAGUUUCUGAGAUGCUUUCAGUAAGAUUAUUUUUGUAAAUGGAAUCUUAUAGAAAGCCUACUCCAGUUAUUAGACAGCAUAUCUUUCAUAUAUCUUCAUCCUUGUGCUCGCACUUGGAAGUUAUCAUAUCCCUGAAUUUUCUGGGGAUAUUAAAGCAAAUGUUAUGUCAGUUCUCUGUAAGGUUAGGUGUAAGACAAGUAAUGUAUUCUCUGAUUGAGGGUCAAUUCAGAUUGUCUACCAUAUUCCUUACCAAUAAUGGGAUAUAGCACCACGCACAGAUCAUAUCCCCCAUUAUCCUCAGGCUAUGAGAACCAGCAAGUGAAAUCAAUGCUGUAUAACCUCUACACAUUUGAGUAGGGGUUAACUUAUUUAACCCAAAGUGCCUCUCUCAAUUGUGAUAAUCUGUUGUUAUUUCCUCUCAAACAAGUUUCAUUGAAAGGUACUGAAAUCACCUCAUGUCAUCCAUAAUUUCUUACAGCUUCUGUCUCUUAGGAAUUUGCUUGUUUUCCUUCAGAGUUCAAUUCAAUGGUCAUUAUUAUUAUUAUUAUUAUUAUUAUUAUUAUUAUUAUUAUUAUUAUUAUAUUAAAUAUUUUAUUGUUUUUAUUAUUCUUAUUUUUGCUUGGCCAGAAAAGCUGGCAGGUGACUCACACCUUUUUUUUUUGGGUGUGGGUCUUUGUUAUUGUUGUAGAGAGUAGCAGUAUAAUCCUGUGAUCCUAGAAACACGCGUGACACUUUUUGUCGGAAAACCAAACACACAACUUAGCCCAAUAUUGAAGUUUAGUCUGCAUUCAUCUGCUAUUAAAGUUCAUGGUAAAUAAUAUUAGUAUAUUAAAUACUGAAAAAACAGAGAAUGGGUAAUGACAAGCAAAGAAGAGUAUCAAAGCUCUUGGGAUGAUAAUUCACUUCAGGUGGAAAUUUCUUACAAAAAAUAGGCUUUCUAAGUAGCCUAGCUCUUUUAAAAUAGUCCAAAACUUUAAUAUAGAAUGUGGAGUUCAUCACUCUUGCAUAGCAAGAAUAAGCAGAACUAUUCAGGGUAAAUAUGGUAACCAAGUACCUAACAAUGUUUCGUUUUAUCUUAGGGGCUCAGUGAUUCUGUCUACAAAGAGAAAUGUUGGUUUCUUGAAUGGGUUUAAUAUUUUAUGUCACUGGUAAUGACAAGUUGGUUUUGAGUCCCACUUGUCUGAUUUGAACUGAUUUUUUGGGGAAACAAGAGUUAGAAAUCUUGUUUUAUUUGCAUUUGUUAUGAUGUAAAAAUUACUUUAGGUGACUCUGUAGGACUGUUAGUUUCAUUAAAAGAAUCUAAAGUU